UGUUACGCAUCUGUUAGAUAUUUAUGUUAGCUGACUAAUAUUUGCAAUUUCGAUUAAAUCUAUUAAUUGUGGCAAAAGAAAUCUUCCACCCCUUUUGGACUGGAAGAAGCUUAAUACACAAAACAAAACAAUAGUUACUAUUGCUUUUGCUAGAAGCCUGCUGUGAGGCAUACACAAUCUCUGGGCGAUGCACGGACGCGUGAAAGUGAGGACUACGGAGGAGGAGCGCGAGCGGAAGAAGAAGGAGCAGGCUCUGAAGGUGCGGGCCUACCGGGCCGCCAUGGGAAGGAUACAGAAGAAGCGGGCGGCGGGGGAGCUGGACAACGAGCUGCUCACCCUUACGGUCCAGAUUCUGCAGCGGAAUCCGGACGUGAGCACCCUGUGGAACAUUCGCAGGGAGUGCGUGCUGGAGAAGCUAUCGAAGCUGAAGGAGGAGCAGGAGCAAGUACCUCAGCAGGAAAAGGAGGAGGAACCCACUGCAGAAGAACCCUUGGGCGAAAACCCCAAAGUGAAGGAGCCCCUCGCGGAGGACAUGGCCCACUCCAUUUUCACCUGCGAACUGGACCUCACCGAGCAGUGCCUGAUGGUCAAUCCGAAGUCCUACAACGCCUGGCACCAUCGCUGCUGGACGCUGGAGCAGAACCCGCAGGCGGACUGGCAGCGGGAGCUGCAGCUGUGCAACAAGUACCUCAAGUUCGACGAGCGCAACUUCCACACCUGGGACUACCGCCGCUAUGUGACCGGCAAGGCAGCGGUGCCAGCCGCCCAGGAGCUGGACUUCUGCACCGAGAAGAUCAAGGUGAACUUCUCCAACUACUCCAGCUGGCACCACCGCAGCCUGCUGCUCCCGGAGCUCUAUCCCAACGAGCGAAGGGACCGGCCCAUGAGCGAGGAGAAGCUGCAGCAGGAGCUGGAGAUGGUGCUGACCGCUGCCUUCACGGAUCCCAACGACAGCAGUGCCUGGUUCUACCAGCGGUGGCUGCUCGGCAGUGGCGCCCAGCUGGACCGGGCUCCCAGGAUAGCUGCCUUCCGACUGGAGUCCUGCGGAGCAGUCCUCGCCCUAGACAAGCCCUACCCAGAUCUAGAGCAACUUAAGACUGAACUGGUUGGCGGGGGACAAAGGGUCCUGCUCCAGUCCUGGCUGCCAGUGGACAGUUGUGGAACCAGUUGGAAGUGCCAGCAGGCAUUCGACUACCAAAGAGGCACAGCCUACUCCCUUAAACUAUCCGACCAGGAGGUGGACCUAUUACCUCUUCCUGGCAACGAAGAGGGAGUCUUCUACUUUGCGCCACCACAUGCCGCCGCCAGUUGCAGCAAGGAACUACUGGCUGAGCUGAACACCCAGCUGCAAUCCUGCCUAGAUCUUCUGGAAUACGAACCCAACAGCAAGUGGACCUUGCUUACCAGUGCCCUUCUAAUGCGAGCCAUCGAUGUUUCAGCCAAUCACGAAAAGAGCUUGGAACACUUGGUGAAGCUGGAGAAAGUGGAUGCCCUAAGGGAGGGAUACUACAAAGAUCUGGCUGCCAGGUGGAUUUUGGAGUCGGAGCUGGCCAAGUGGCCCCAAGCUGAAGAAUUCCCGAGGAUCUUUGCGUUGAAGAACGACGAACUGCUUGCAUCGUUGCCUUAUGGACAAUAUUUUGUCAUAGUCGAUGAGUUGAAAUUGUCCACUAAACUCACGGAGAAACUAGGCGAUUUAGUGCCCAAAACAUUUGCAGACCUGAAGCUACAGAAAGGUUUUUAAUUUAGACAAGCUGAACGGUUUCCAUUAGAUAAACUUUAUCUUCUAUCUGGUGCUACCUUAAGCGGUCUGAAGGAUACAACCAGCAUAUAGAACUAUUCAACGUAGGUAUUCGUAAUUAUAAACACAUUCUUUUGUAUGAACAUACACGUUUUGUAAAUACAUAAAUACAUAUUAUUAUGACUUCUAAAUAAAUGUGAGUUCUAUUUAUGAGA